GGGAGAGCUCGGGGGUAUGGCGGAUCAGGAUCUGUUCUUUUUUGAUUCGGGACCUGGAGCUGCGCCGCCGACGCAGGCGUUGACUGCUGCAGCAGCGGAGAGCGAUGAAGAGGAGGAUGGCAAGCCUGCUUGGGAGGAUAGCGACGACGAGCGAUUGAAUGUCAGUUUGUUGGCAAGGUCGCAAAAUAAGAAAUUGAGGGAGUCUGAGGCGGAUGAUGUUGUUGGUGGCAAGGAGUACAUCCGUCGGUUGCGUAGACAAUAUCAAACGCUUUACCCGACGCCUGACUGGGCGUUGCAUGCGACUGGGAAAUCAAAACGCAAGAGGAGGAGUGUGGCAGCGGACGGCUCAAGCGGAGAGGAGUCUGCAAGCGAUAUGGAUAUGGAUGAUGAUGACGACCUCUCUGCAGAGCCCUUGGCCAGGCUGCUCAGAGAUGCGGACAUUCUCUCUAGGAACUCGCACGGCCCAUCCAAGAGGAGGAAACUUCAAGCAGGCACAAUUGAUAUCCAGAGGCUGAAGGAUGUCACCCAGAAGGGACCAUCUGCCAUCACCUCUCUUUCUUUCCAUCCCGUAUUCCCAUUGCUGCUCUCCUCUGGACCCAGCGCUACAUUACAGCUCCAUCACGUUAAGCCUAACCCGCCAGACCCAAAUCCACUCCUGACAUCCCUCCAUAUCAAACGUACACCUCUCACAACAACCGCUUUCCAUCCUUCCUCCUCCGACUCUCGCAUCUUCCUCAGUGCACGUCGCCGCUACUUCCACAUCUGGGAUCUCUCAACUGGUACGAUUGAGAAGAUCUCUCGCGUAUAUGGCCAUCAGCACGAGCAGCGCACUAUGGAAUACUUCUCUAUCUCGCCAGACGGCAGAUACCUUGCUCUGCGAGGUUCCGCGAAGAAAGGAGGAGGUGUGAUCAACGUUCUUGAUGCCACGACCCUGCAGUGGGUAACCCAAGUGCGAAUUGAGUCCCGUGGUGGUGUCGCAGAUUUCGUGUGGUGGGGCGACGGAAGUGGAUUGUGCAUCGUAGGAAAGAAUGGCGAAGUCACAGAAUGGAGCGUGGAAGAUGGUGUUAUUGGAAGAUGGACCGAUGAAGGAGCGAUGGGCACGACAGUGAUUUCAGUAGGUGGAAAGAGUGGCCGAGAUUGGAUUGGCGGUGACCGCUGGGUGGCCAUUGGCAGUACAAGUGGUAUUGUUAACGUCUACGAUCGAAGAUCAUGGGUCGAGACCCACGAUGCUAGCACCCCCGACGACCCGAACGGUGGCGUCCCGAAAACUCCCAAACCUGUUCGCACUUUGGACAAUCUAACAACUCCCAUAUCACACCUACAUUUCUCGCCUGAUGGCCAGAUAAUGGCCAUGGCUAGUCGUUGGAAGCACAACGCCAUGAGGCUUGUGCAUCUACCGUCUGCUACUGUGUUCAAGAAUUGGCCAACCGAAAAGACGCCUUUGGGAAGAAUUAGUGCCGUAGCAUGGGGACGUCCAUCUGAGGAAGACGAGAAGGAAGGUAGUCUUGCGCUUCUUGCCGUUGGAAGCGAGACAGGACGAGUGAAGCUAUGGGAAGUGAGAGCUUAAGAUAUAGAAUAGCCACUGAUAUCACCAAUCAGAGGCACGGAAUGAAAAGCAUUUAGCGGCAGAUCCGCAUAUACUAUAAA